AUGGCCCACAUGUUUCAAAGGAUUUGGAACUUUCUCAACGCCGGCUGGUCAGACACGUCUGAGCAGCGGAUGGCCGGGACACGACAAGACUGGAAACUGAUGGCCACCCCCGAGACCCCAGGCGCCUGGCCCGUCACGCCGGCAAAGACCCCACCGUAUCGACGUCCCGUUUACGGCAAAUGGAAAGCACCCAAGUUCGGCCACCGGAGCGCGAAAAAAACCUCGCCCUACGCAUGGAACAAGCUCGCAGCGGAAAGAAAAGAUUACCAUCCGCUCGAUCCCACGAGCGAGCUCACGUCGGUCGAGAACUUUGACAAGGUUCCCGAAAGAUUCUGGGACGUGGAGGAGGCCGCGAGGGAGGCAAAGGAAAACGAAAAGGACUGGGUGGGGAAACGGGAGGUGCCCAGGUUCUAUCGGAUCGACGACCCGUUCAUGCCGGACCAUGAACGGGAGGAUUACAAUCUGGAUCCGCGGCUGAACCCGGAUGCGCGGACAAAGGACCGGUUUGGGUAUAUUACCAAGCAGUUUAGGAAUGCUGUUAGGGAGAUUGUCAAUGGGAAGGAUGUUAACACCACGCUGAGGAUGUUUCUCGAGGCCAACUUUACGACGCAGCAGCUGGCCAAGAUUUGGCCUUUGAUCCCUGUCGCGUACAGCAGCAACCGGGCUGAGGCACUGAUUCAGGAGGUGGAUAUGCUUGGGUAUCAGAGGUUGAGGCCUCAGAUUGGCAAGGUGUUGGGGUAUGAUGCUGAGGAUGAGGCGUGGGAUUUGCCGUCGAGACUGGCGGCGUUUUAUAUUGGGGUGCCCAUCCCGGCGCCGGGGGCUGAGGUGCAGGGCAAUAUGUUCGAGCCGGGGUCGAAAGAGUUUCGGGAGCAGUACUUUGAGGAUAGGUAUUACUUUUUGAAUGACUUCAAGAAGUAUAUUCCGGAGCCUGCGAAGGCCCUGAAUAAUGUCACCGCCUCGCCAGUACCCAAAAGGAUGGGUGGUGGGAGGAGACUGUUGUUGACGAGGAGGAAAGAAGAAAAGCGGUAUGGGCCUUACUAUGAUGGGCCGGUUGGGUUCAGAGGGAGGUCAUCUGGUUUUAUAGGGAAGCCCCCGUCGCUUGCGGGGAUGAAACGGAGGCCUUAUCAUGAGAAUGACCUGGAUGUUUACGCUGAUGACGAGGGGAAUUGGCAGCUCAAACCGCCGCCCUGGAUGCGCCGGCUCCAGGUCGAUGCAGGGCUUCGAGGAGGUGAGAAUGAUCUCGAAGAACUGGAAGAAGAUGAGUGGGAGGACGAGCUCGAGGAGACAUGGUUCGAGGCGGUGGAGGUGAGCUCAGACGGUGGGUCAGAUAUGGUGAUGGGGGAAGAGCAUGACCUCGUGUCUGAUGAGGAGAGCACCAAGGAAGGCUCCGAUGUGGACAUGUGGGCGCUGGAGGACCUCGCCUCGCGCGAAGGUGAUUUGGACGUGAACGCCUAUCUCGACAUGAUGGAAACAAACGAGAUAGACCUUCGCGGUGGAGGUUUGGAUGACGAUUGGGAUAUGGAAGAGGAAGAGGACGAGAGCGACGACGAUCUGCACAUCAGAGGUGGCAUGGCAGAUGAAGAACCUCCGAAAAGUAAGCAGUGGAGGAAUCUAGCAAAAUAUCCACCGCCGUCGACCCUCGACAAUGCCUCGGAUAGAUGGUCACUGGACGAGAAAAGGGCGCCGACGUUCAAAACCAAGGUUGGUCAGUUGGAGAAGCAGUUCGCCAAGGAAACUGGUUUCCAGCCUGGAAAGAGCCUGAUGAUCCCGCUUCAUGGGUACCAGGGUGUUGUCUGGUUCCGUCGUGGGAUUUUUAACAGCUUUGUGGACGCCGUUGACCGUCUGCUUGGCCUUGACAGCAGAGCUGCAGUGACUUACAACCUCUACAUCAUGGAUCCCAGCAAGGAUUAUGAGUUGCAAGAGGAGAAGGACGCAUUUCUCGCUGAUAUCAACCAGCAUGCCUGCCGCGUGCAGUGUGCUGGGGUAGGUGCCCUUGCCAAGGACCGCGUCGCAUUCAACUGGCUUUGCCAGCAGAUCGACAAGCAAUACCGUCCAGGAGACAGCGCGUACUUUGGGAAGCUGAUCCCCUUCGUGGCAGGUCCACAUGACCCCAUUCCCUGGAAGUGGGAGCCGGGAGCCAGACACCAUGUUGGAAAGGUCACCUUGGACUGGCCACAGUUGAAAGGGAGAGGUAGACCAGACGUUGCUUACCUUCGGUUGCCGUUGCCCGCCGGGGACGAUGCUCCUGCCACUGCCUUCUUCACGAAUCAGUACAGCCUCUGGAUGCAACAAGUAUGCCGUGUGUUGGUACCGGGAGCUAUCCGCGACCGUCCAGGCCGCCCAGCGAUCCCAGCUGCGCUGAUAAAUGCCUUCACCACCGACGAGCAGGGCAAUCCAACCCAAGCUCCGGUAACAUAUGGAGGUUUGGCCUUUCUCAAGUCAAACUGGGAGGUAAUUGCGGCGCAACUCGACGUAGUUAACGCGAAGAAAUACACUUACGCGGUAACGCUUCGGGCAUUCGCUCCAGGGGGGUCGGGGCAGGUUUCCGAUCGAUGGCACAUUUUGGCCCUUGGCCAAACAAAGCCAUAUGACAGCGCGUCUGACGACUGGUAUCUGACGCACUUGGAACUGACGGCUCCCUCGAUUGUUGCCGAGAGGUUGCUCAGACCGAUCCUUGCGAGUGAAAUCUGGAAGACAGCAGAAGGGGUCCCUUUCGCUGGGCUGACCUACCUGGAGGUUUUCUUUCCUGGCGAGAACUGGCUCGGGCCACACUUUGGAAAAUACCCUGUUGCUGACGAAACGGGUACACCUCCAUCCCUCUACAUAAGCCUUGCCGACGUACUCGAUACGAGUUGCCCGGAUGCAGAGUUCGCCCCGGCAUUAAGCAGAGCCUUUACGCCUCUUGUUGAGGCGUUUGCCGAGUUGAUGACGAAGAUAGAGAAGCUGACAAAAGAAGCGAUCUACCCGAAGGGUGUUAAAGCACCCAGCCCACUCAGCCUGUUCCCUCAGUUUAUCGUGUCACGACCGGUCUGGAGGAGGUAUAGUUUCCAGGAUGCCUCCUACGACGGGGCUUUGGUGCAUGAGUGCCCACUGUCUCUGUGGGAGAUCUCACUUGACAAACUCCGAGAGUUCGUGGGCAAAGUGAUGGCAAAUGGGGGGCCGUUUGACAGCAAGACGGACCACUUCAGCAUCACCCAAGGCUUUGACCCCGACCUCCCUGACAUUCUUGUUAGUCCAUCCAUGACUGAGACUGAAUGGGAAGUGGCCCGGAGGCUCAUUGUCCACCCUUACCUGCGGAUCAACAAGGUGGAUGAGCAAUCGUUGCCGGUUUUUGAGGGCAUCUAUGAGCAUCAGCCGUUCGGAUAUCGCGACAUCUACACCGAAACUCCACAGAAAAAGCUAUGGGGCAGAUACAAACCGCCGCCGGUUACGCACAACUUUGACUGGCAAUUGUAUCGUGCGACACCGAUUGAAGACUUGGGGACGUGGCAGCCUUGGGAGAAACAGUUGAAAGUUCCGGUGCUAGAUUUCCUUCCAGAUAAUUUUCAACUCGUGAAGAUACCGAAGGACAAGCCAGAGUUGGCGGAACAAUCCGAGCCACCUCCGCUCACGCGGCCGCUGCAUCUGAGCGUCGCGCCUGUUCAACAGGAGCAGCCUAAAGAAAAGCCCCGUAUGCAACCGACUCCCAGUCCGACCCGUCACAAGAGGCGGAGAGUGACCCUUCCCACCGAGACGGGAACGCCAACGCUAGGCCAUUAUACUACACCCCGGGUCAAACCGGUCAAACCCGUCGCACGUUCUAGAAUCAGGACACCCCAAAAGCCCAGGGGAUCUCCGAAACCACUCACAGCCCCCCGUAAGCCCAAGGGUGCUGUCGACCCCCGUAUCGCCCAGGCCUUUGCAGGACGGGCAGCGAAGAGGGCUCCCAAAGAGCCAACAAAGGAACCAACCCCCACGACCAAGCCAGCAAAGAAGAGCCCGGCAAAGACGGGUGUGAUUCCACCAGACCCCCAGCAUUGGGUAGAAAAUCCAAACCGCCCUGGAUACUGGAUUAGAAAGUGGCCAACCACCAAGCCCGGGGUUGGUCUCCCAGAUAUCACGGCAAAGGAAAACUACUGGAACCAAGUCCACGCCAACAACGAGGCAGAAGCAGCCGGCUACAAGAACAAGGAAACCUUAGACCAAGUAUACAGGAAGAGGAUCCAAGAACUCACCGGCGAAAGCGAUCCCACCCCACCCGCUCCUGCCAGCACCAGUCCUGCCACCCCCUAUCCUCCCGGCAAGCGUGACGCCUCCAAGUUCGACCCAACAGACACCACCCCCCGUCCCCCGCGUCCCGGCGCGGAAAACAAGAAGCCAGCUUCCCCUCCCAAACCACCUUACUCCACCCUGGAGGACAUCAAGGCGUUGGACACGCUGACAAAGGCAAAGCUGCUGUACACCACCAAGCUCCCCCCCGGAGCACCCCCCACAAUCGACCCUACCGACCCUCCCCUGGAAGAUCCACCCGUCAUCAGCGAGGUGGUCACCGCCCACAAACCCAACAUGUCCCCUAACCUCAUCUCCAAAGUAGGCAUCCAACCUUACACCCUCCGCCCGCCACCCAUCCCGGAAGAACUCCGCGCGAGGGCCAUUCAAGACCUGGCUCUCCAGACGAGAAACUGUCCCUUCUUCCAGUGCUACCUCCCUGUUUUGCGCACCCCCGAGACGGCAGUCGACCACUUCCGCAAAGUGCACAAGCGUGAGCCAUGCCCCAUCUGCAUGGACUUCGUCGGCCAGGGCUGGGAUGCCGCCAAAUGGGACGAGCACUACGGGGAUGAGAUACAUGUCGAGUGGUUGGAGAAGUGGUGCACCAACCAUGUCGGGAAACCGCUCAAGCUGGGGGUUUUUACCGACGAGGGGAUCCCGGCGGAGGAUCUGACGGGGUUUGAGUGGGAGACCCCGUUUGAUCCUGACAUGCCGAAUGUGCGGGCUAGACCGGCGUGGUUUGAUGAGGAUGAUGGCAUGGCUGGGCUGGUGGCGGCUUCGAGGGGGAGUUGGGAAGGGGGGGUCCCGGUAAGUGAGAUUAGGAAGAGGAGUCCGAGGAAGUGGAGUAGGUAUAUGGCUCAAAUUGGGAGGACGCCGGGGUUGGGUAUUGCGGUU